CUCUACAAAAGAGUGUUGCCCAGGAAUGGCCGCGCGGAGGCUUGUAUCUAUGCAUUCCCUUCUCGAAUCUUUUAUUUAUAAGAAAAGACGAGAGCGUAAAGAGCAGAAAACCUAAAAAAAAAACCAUACUGAUAAGCAGUAGAUUACCUUAAUUUUGAGAAACUUGCCCCAUUAUACAAAAAGUAUACAGCAUUUCUAUGGCGGUAUAGAAGAUGUAUAGAAAAUCAAUAGCGGAAACGGACAUGAUACACCCCAACGAUCACUACAGGAUUUAUGAUGCCGGUAAAGGGGACGCCACACCCACGGGAGAAUUUUCCUCACAGCCACAAGAUCCAACAACCCACAUACUCCCUCCGGUUUUAGACACUUACCCCGUUCACAUCAAGACAUACCAUGCAACACUGAAAAGCUCACCAGAAGGUCCCCCAAAGAUACUAGACGUCUCCAGAGAACAUAGAGUACUAGAUGAAAUAAUCUCUGGUAGACAAUCUGCGAUGGAAUCAUCGAUAAGAAGAGUUUAUGAGGCACGUCCCCGUGACUUCAUAUGGCAGAAAUAUCAAGUAGAUGCCCAAUAGAAUCUUUUUUUACGGUGCGUGCGUUUCAAUUUUGAAAGGCUGUUGAUAACAAUGCAUCUUAACUAGAUUUGUUUCUAAUAGAUACAACCGGGUGUGAUGUAAAAUACAUAGCAAUAUUCUAGGUAAAAAUAUAAACCUCGUUAGGCGCCACUGUCGUAUAUAGCCUUCGGGGGUUU